UCGGCUCGGCUCGCCCCGCCUCCGUUGCGUGGCGCGGCGCGGCGCGCGCUCGGCUCGGCGCACAUGCGCAUCCCGGCAUGUCCUCCGCCGAGCUCGCCGCUCCUUCACCUGAUGCCUCCUCCCCCGUCGCGCCCCGCGCCUCCUGCUUUUCCCCCCCCUCUCCCGCCGCUGCACGCGCGCGCGACUCCGCUGCGCUUCGAUCAACCACGUACAGGGGGGCACUCCCCAGCGCUCUCGCGCAUUUUGCCAGGACCACCGCUCGCCGGUGUGCGCUUCUGGGGCCUGGGGCAGGGGGCGCACGGCCAGCGUCCUUUCUCCUGACGCGACGCGGGUUGGCUCGCCACGAGCGCGCCGGAAAUAGGCAGGCGGUGCAUGCAUGAGCAGGAAGAGGAGAGAAGGAGGCGGCGGCGGAAGAGGCGCUGGGCCCGGGGACCACCACGGCGGCGGCAGGGGGUCGGGGGCCGAUGCCGUGUCCAUGGACGGCGGCCUCCGCGAGGUGUCUGUCUCCGUCGUCUUCUCCGUCUGGUGCCUCCUCUUCCUCCUCCGCUCCCAAUUCCUCCACAGCCAGACCGAUGGCCCGUCAGAUUUCUACGAGGAGCACGGCAGGCGCGACAGCUACUGCAAGGUGAGGCCGCUGGAGGCCUACGUCCUGCCACACCAUAACGACUCCUCGCCGACGUGCCAGUCCUCCUACUCGGCGCCGCAGGAAGCCUCGUCCGCCGCGGCCCCGCUGCCACCGUCCAACGCCAGCAACGAGUCGUCGCCGUCGCCCGAGGCGGCCUUCGUGGGGCUCGACGAGUUCCGGAGCCGGAUCAUGCAGGGCAACUCCGAGAACGACACCACCGGCCGGCCCGCGGGCGGCGGCGCCGCGCACCGCCUGGAGCCCAGCGGCGCCGAGUACAACUACGCCGCGGCGUCCAAGGGCGCCAAGGUGCUCGCGCACAACAAGGAGGCCAAGGGCGCCGCCAACAUCCUCGGCGGCGACAAGGACAAGUACCUGCGCAACCCGUGCUCCGCCGACGACAAGUUCGUCGUCGUCGAGCUCUCGGAGGAGACGCUCGUUGACACCGUCGUGCUGGCCAACCUGGAGCACUACUCCUCCACCUUCAGGGACUUCGAGGUGUACGGCAGCAUGAGCUACCCGACGGAGGCGUGGGAACUGCUUGGGCGUUUCACCGCCGAGAACGCCAAGCAUGCGCAGCGCUUCGUGCUGCCGGAGCCCAGGUGGACGCGCUACCUCCGCCUGCGCCUCGUCAGCCACUACGGCUCCGGGUUCUACUGCAUCCUCAGCUACCUCGAGGUCUACGGCGUCGACGCCGUCGAGCGGAUGCUCCAGGACUUCAUCGCCGGCGCGGGCGCAGGACCCGAGGCCGACGCGUCCAAGGACCGCGCCUCCAUCGACGCCGCCAGCUGGGACGCCCGCCGCAACGACUCCACCGCUCAGCAGGCGCGCCAGCAGGUCCCCGCCAAGCUGCCCGGCAACGGCGCCGGGCGGAACGACAGCGCCGCAGGCGACGCCAGGAACAACGGCUCCAGGACCGGCGCCGCCGGUGACGCGAAGCUGCCGCUGCAGGGCAAAGAGGCAAAACCGCCGCAGGUGGCGGCGGCGGCGGCGGCGGCGGCGGCGGGAAGGACCCACGGCGACGGCGUGCUGAAGAUCCUGAUGCAGAAGAUGCGGUCGCUGGAGCUGGGCCUGUCGACGCUGGAGGAGUACACGAGGGAGCUGAACCAGCGGUACGGCGCCAAGCUGCCGGACCUGCAGAGCGGGCUCUCGCAGACGGCCGCGGCGCUCGAGAAGAUGAAGGCCGACGUGCACGGCCUCGUCGAGUGGAAGCACGGCGUGGUACGCAGGCUGCAGGACAAGCCCUCUGAAUCGUGUCGAUGCUAUCGACUGCUAGUGACUGACAGGGCGGUGUGCUUGCAAAUGUGUUCAGGCCAAGGACCUGGACGAGCUCAAGAGCUGGAAAUCCAGCGUCUCCAGCAAGCUGGACGACCUGAUCAGGGAGAACGAGGCCAUGAGGUGGAGCUUGGAGGAGAUGCGGGGCGUGCAGGAGACGCUGCAGAACAAGGAGCUGGCGGUGCUGUCCAUCAGCCUCUUCUUCGCGUGCCUGGCGCUCUUCAAGCUGGCGUGCGACCGCGUGCUCUGCCUCUUCGCCGGCAAGGGCAAGGAGGAGCCGGAGGCGGAGAGGGUGUGCGGGAGCAGCAGGGCGUGGAUGCUCGUUCUCGCCAGCAGCAGCUUCACCACCCUCAUCGUCCUGCUCUACAACUGAAAACAGCUUAUGAGUUGAUACGUUCUUCAGCAUGUUGCUGUCCUGCUCAUUAACUCAAGCUAAUUCUCUCAAGUAGAUGGGUCACUGGGUAGUGUCUGUACUCACUAUUUAGAAUAAAGCGGGAACUCAGAACACAGGUUCCUCGUUCAUUGUAAAACAACCUCGAAUA